UUUAGCCGACCUGUGACAGGGUGAGCGGGAACUGAAAGCGGAGCCAAGUCUAGCUGGAGGCCGGUUAUUCGGGUGCGGCGGGUCCGGAACACCGGGGGCUGGUUGAGGAAGACAUAGAGAAUGGGAGGAGCGUCCGCCAGAGGGCGAUGGAAGCCCUCCAGGCACUUACAAGGGCCUGGGGGCGGCGCAUGCGCAGAGGCGGAUCUGGGGGUGGGGGAAGCGGAGCCAGAUUCAAAUCCAGCCUCAGACAAGCCCCUGCCAUAUGACCCCUGGACAGGGCCGGACCCUCCAGGCCUCAGUCCUUUCACUAGUGCAAAGAAUCUUAGGGAAUGAACUCCUGGUGUAUGUCCCGUCUCUGGUCCAGAUUUCCCUGUAGCCACAUCUCCCCGCAUCCUUCUCUUUCUCGCACCAUCCUCCCGGGUACCCCCUCCUCCAGGAAACCUUCCCUGAUGCUGCUGGGGAUCAGUGCCCUGCCCCAAAAGCAUCAUCUGCUUGCUCUCCUGUUUUGCUUCCUAAUAUCUGUUGUCUUGAAGACAGUAUCCCCUCCAGAAGAGAAAUGACCGUUUCCUUCUGGUUCUUUCCCACCCUACCCCCCAACACCGUGGUCCCUCCAUCUCUCCCCAGUGGAGAAAGGGGGAUGUCCAGCCUGACCCCGGCUCUCACGGCCCUCCUUUGCUCUCCAGGACCUCUGCCUCUGUGGCCUCUGCUCUGCCCUGUGGGAGGGAGCCCGAGGAGGGGAUGGCUCCGGUGCUGACCGCCGGGCCCAGACAGGAAUCAGUGACAUUCCAGGAUGUGGCUGUGGAAUUUACCUGGGAGGAGUGGGCACAUUUGAACCCAUCUCAGAAAAACUUGUACAGGGACGUGAUGUUGGAGAACUACAGGAACUUGGUUUCUUUGGGAUUUGCAAUUUCCAAACCAGAUGUGAUCUAUCAAUUGGAAAGAAAGGAAGCCUCUUGGAUGCAAGAGCCAGCUAUUCGAAGAAGCAGCUGUCCAGAGAGUAAAGAAUUUAAUGGAAAGAAACCUUAUGUAUGUAGUGAAUGUGGAAAGGCCUUCAGAAGGAGAGCACAUCUUACCGUGCAUCAGAGAAUUCAUACUGGAGACAUUCUUUAUGAAUGUAAGGAGUGUGGGAAGGCUUUCCACUACAACUCAGCACUUAUCCUACAUCAGAGAAUUCAUACUGGAGAGAAACCUUAUGAGUGUACUGAAUGUGAGAAGGCCUUCAGAAGUAAGACACAACUUACUGUGCACCAGAGAAUUCAUACUGGAGAGAUUCUUUAUGAAUGUAAGGAGUGUGGGAAGACUUUCCACUACAACUCAGAACUUAUCCGACAUCAAAGAAUUCAUACUGGAGAGAAACCUUAUGAAUGUACUGUAUGCGGAAAAGCCUUCAGAAGGAAGCCACAUCUUACUGUGCAUCAGAGAAUUCAUACUGGGGAGAAACCUUAUGAAUGUAGUGAAUGUGGGAAGGCCUUCAAGAGGAAGGCCCAACUUACUGUGCAUCAGAAAAUUCAUACUGGAGACAUUCUUUAUGAAUGUAAGGAGUGUGGGAAGGCAUUCCACUACAACUCAGCUCUUAUCCUACAUCAAAGAAUUCAUACUGGAGAAAAACCUUAUGAAUGUAAUGUAUGUGGGAAGGCCUUCAGGAUGAAGGCACGGCUUACUGUGCAUCAGAGGAUUCAUACUGGGGAGAUUCUUUAUGAAUGUAAGGAGUGUGGGAAGGCCUUCCACUACAACUCAGAACUUAUUCCACAUCAAAGAAUUCAUACAGGAGAAAAACCUUAUCAAUGUAUUGUAUGUGGGAAGGCCUUCCGCCGGACUGUAGAUCUUACUCAACAUCAGAGCAUUCAUACUGGAGAGAGACCCUAUGAAUGUCGUGAAUGUGGGAAGACCUUCACACUAAGGAAAUAUCUUGUUCAGCAUCAACGGAUUCAUUCUGGGUAGAAACCUUAUGAGUAUAAUAUAUGUUGGAAGGCCUUUUGACUGAGAAUACUACUUUAUGUCAACAAGGCACCUGUAGCUGGGCUCCCAGGCAGACAUGCCUUAGAGAUAGUUGUAGUGGGGCCUGGAAGCUGCCCCAAAAACAACAGCCUCCACCAUGGCAGCAGCCUUUCUCAAGAAUACCUAAGGACCCGCACCACCAAUUUCUCGGUGACAGUAAAGUUUGAAAGCUUCCAGCCAAGGCCAACCUCCUGGGGUCCUUCGGUCCGGCUGUUGGCCGACGUCCUCUUGACCUCUCCUGUCUGCCCUGUGCCCACUCCUGUCCUGAUCCUCCGCCCCGCCCCGCUUUCAUCUCCUCCACGUGUCUCUGGCAGAGCCGGGGAGGGAAGCAAGCGCCCCGGCCUACGAUUGAGACUACGAUUCCCAGAAGGCCUUGUUAACCAGAGGAGCAUUUUCCAAAGAGUACGGCCCGGACUUGACGUCGCUUCCGCCAGUCUCCUUUCAGCCUCUGCCAUGCUUACAAAUGGUCAUUUUCCUCUUUUCUACUGUCUUCUCCCCUCGAAAGCCAGAACCUUGGCCUCUUGUGGCCCCUGCUCUUCCCCACUAGGUGCUUUCACUGCACAAGGGAAUGGCUCCUGUGCGCCUGACAACCAACCCUGGAAGGAGAGCAAAGAAUUUCCUGGAGAAAAACCUUAUGUGUGUAAGAAAUGUGGGAAGGGCUUCAGAUGGAGGAUACAGCUUACACAGCAUCAGACAGUUCAUACUGGAGAGAAGCCAUAUAAAUGUGAUGAAUGUGGGAAGGUCUUAAGUAGCAAUACAUCACUUAAGGCACAUAAGACAAUUCAUACUGGAGAGAUGCCUUAUGAAUGUAAGGAGUGUGGGAAGGCAUUUAGACAGAGGGCACAGCUUACUCAGCAUCAGAGAACUCACACUGGAGAGAAAGUUUAUAAAUGUGAUGAAUGUGGGAAGAUCUUAAGUAGUAAUAUAUCACUUAAGGCCCACAAGAGAAUUCAUACUGGAGAUAUGCCUUAUAAAUGUAAGGUGUGUGGGAAGGCCUUCUACUUCCUCUCAGAACAUAAUCGACAUCAGAGCAUUCAUACUGGGGAGAAACCUCAUAAAUGUAAUGAAUGUGGGAAAGUCUUCCGCCUUACUGUACAACUUACUCGACACCAGAGCAUUCAUACUGGAGAGAAACCAUAUAAAUGUGAUGAAUGUGGGAAGCUCUUUAGAACAAAGAAACAUCUUCCUCAGCAUCAGAGGACUCAUACUGGAGAGAAGCCUUAUAAAUGUGAUGAAUGUGGGAAGGCCUUCACAGUGCGGAGGGACUGUAUUCAACAUCAAAGAAUACAUACUGGAGAGAAGCCUUAUCAAUGUGAUGAUUGUGGGGAGGCCUUCAGAGUGAGUUCACAGCUUAAACAGCAUCAGCAAAUUAAUCAUGGAGAAAUACCAUUUGUAUGUAAUCAGUGUGGGAAAGGCUUCUUUUGGAAUAAGGAUUUAAAGCAACAUCAGAUGAGUCAUACUGGAGAGAAACCUUAUGAAUGUAAUGAAUGUGGGAAGGCCUUCACAAUGAAGAAACGGCUUACUCAACAUUACACAAUUCACACUGGAGAGAAGCCUUAUAAAUGUAAUGAAUGUGGGCAGGUUUUUAGACUAAGGAGUUACCUUACUCAGCACCAGAGAAUUCAUCCUGGAGAAAAACUCAAGUAUAAGGUAUGUUGAAAGACUAGAAACAGAACUUCUUAUACUACCAUUAACUUAGGUUUUAUCCAUAAUUACAACAUGACUUUAGAGAUUCCACCUGAAGGUAAUUUAACUUCCUUUAUUUGUGCAAUGACUAGAAAUCUUAGUCUUAAUUUAACUGUCACCUUUGCUACUGUGACAUAUAAUUAGACAACCCUAAAUGGAACUAAAGUACCUAUCUCAACAUUACCUUCUGGACUUGUGACACCUGGGCUUUUUUUUAUCUGUGCUGGACAAGCUUUUUCUUCACUUCCCACAGAAUGGUAUGGUACCUGUGGGAUAGCUUAUCUGAUCUACUGUGACUAAAGAACCAUACAAAUGGGUUAGUCAAUAUUAAGACCGCUAGGAACUUGGGUGCAUGGUGGCACAGAGAAAAGAGAUCCCAUUUUGGGGGAAGUACUAAUCCAGUAGCAGCAUAUGGAAAGAGCCCUGGGUUUGAAUUCUUAUGGGCACUUAUUCCCAACACUGGAAUCACAGCAGUGAUAGAUUCCGUUAAAAAAACAAAAACAAAAACUUUUCUUCUUGGGGUAGCUAGGUGGCACAGUGAAUAAAGCACUGGGCCUGGAUUCAGGAGGACCUGAGUUCAAAUCCAGCCUCAGGCACUUGACACUUACUAGCUGUGUGACCCUGGGCAAGUCACUUAACCCUUAUUGCCCUGCAAAAGAACAAAACAAAACAAAACUUUUCUUCUGAGCUGGAGAAACUUGCUCAGAAUACAGUAGCCAUUAUUCAACACACAUCUCAUGUUUUAUAUCAGCUGCAUGCUGAACUUGACUCUGUCUCUCAUAUGGUUAUGGAAAAUAGGCUACCAUUGGAUAUCUUGACAGCUGCUCAAAGAGGAGCUUGUGCUAUUAUUAAUCAAUUCUGUUGUUCUUAUGUAAAUUAUUCAGGUAAUGUUAUUAAUGAUGUUGAGGGAUUACAAAAAUUACUGAAUAGUAUUUUGCAAAUAGCACAACAUACUCAUGUACAGGAGAAUGCCACUUCAUGGUUGGAUGCAUCCUCCUGGUUCUCAUGGAUAGCUUCAUGAUUCAGGAGUAGAGGGUUAUUACAAUUUAUUUUAAAAAGGAUCUUAAUCAUCAUAGAAGGUCCUAUUCUUGUUAAAAUAAUUAUAAACUGUUGUACUACUCACUUUUCUAAAUGUUAAUCUGUCUAAAAGCUGUAUGUGAUAGAUGUUCUUUAAGUAUAUUAUCUCAGAAAUGAACUCCUCCAAGAUGCUACACAUAUUCUAGAUCCUAUUUAUCUUCCUGAUUUACCACAUUCUGCAAAAUAUAAAACUGCACCCUGUUCUUCUUGACAUCUGCAACGAUCAUUCACUAUACUGUCUGGAACCUAAUUUAAUAUUGGUGAACCUCACCUCUCCUAUACUGUUUGGACUUGAUUCUCUCUUUUAGUGCUGACAACAAGAUUAUCCAGCAGGAAGCAGAAACUGAUUCUGUUGCUUUUGAGUGAGACGAACCUACCACAUUCUCAAAUGUUAAAAUGAAUGACUGCUCCUGAGCAGCAAACGGAUCGACCAUUACAUACUGUUGCUACUGCUACAGCAGAAACAAUGUUGCUUUGUAUGAUGCGUAGCAAGAAAGGUCGUAGAAAAGUAAGGGGAAUUGCACGCUGGCAUGGUUGUUACAGUUUUUAUAAGAGAGUUAUUCAAUGUAUCGGACCACCUGUUAAUGGUAGUGAUUGCCCCACCUCUUUUAAAUGUCGUGAAAAUCCAAGAUGGAUUCUACAUUUUCGCUUUUGUAGAUUUCAGAAAUGUGUUGAGGUUGAAGUUAAAACCUUCCACUGUAAUGGCCUUGUGAUAGAUUUGAUUGUCCGCCAUGCAGAAAAUGUGUCAAACCAUCGUUUUAUGGACCUAUGAAUGAUCCCUUUUGUGCUCUUUGUCAUUUUUCUAAAUAGAAUAUUCAUCAUAUCUAAUCUUUGUUGUGCUUAUUAUUUUGUAACUUUACUAAAUGCAAAUCAGUAUCCCUGUACUAAUAUAAGUUGUCCCAUCCACAUUAUUUUUUAUGUAAUUUUGUACCUCAGUUGGGGAUUGCCGUUUCUGGAACUUGUACUACAUGUGGACUUCCCUCUCUGCAUUGAAUUGUAUACAUUUCUUAGAUUGUUAAUGAUCCAAGAGACAAAUUUAGGAUUUGUCUUUAGAUCAAAGGAGGGAUAAUGUGAGUGAGAUUUUCCCUACCCCUUGGAUAUAUAUGAUUUACUUAUCAGACUGUAAAGACUUGAAUCAGUCUUUCCUCCUCUCAUACAGGAUAGACUGUAAAUGCUCUCAUAUAGAAUAGGCUGUAAUUGCUUUGUCUUCUCAUACAUUAAGCAUUCUCCUUUGGACCUCUAAAGCUUGUGGUUAGGAUGGACCAAUCAGGGUAAAGGUCAGAGCUUCUAAAAUAGCUACUCUGGAGUUGCUGUGAACCAAUCAGUACUGGUAGAAUAAGAAGUAAAGCAGAACCCUGAUAAUGACACUCAGAGUUGACCAAAUGACUUAAGAGUGGAAUAUUGUGUAAUAGCCUGGCCCAAGAUGGCCACUUCUAAAUUUUUUUAUGGGUUUUCUACUGCCACAUUGUGGUACUAGUGAGCUACAUAACUUAGCAACAAUGUUAUGGAGGACUAAUAGAUGAGAAGACAACACUAAUUAUUUGCUUAUUGCAGAAAUAACUAAUAGCAUUUAUACUGCUUUAAUCUUGGGGACUCUAUGGGUAUAAAUAUCCCUUUUCCCUAUGCCUUGGGGUCUUUGGGUCCUAGACUUGAGACCAGCAUUAUUGUGAGAUAGGAUCCCUCUCUCAAUAAACCUAUUUUCUUUGACUUGGA